GGGGGGGAGAUCAACAUUCCAUUAAACAUUCCUCUCGCGGGACUGUCCGGCCUGAAACAUCGCGUAGUUUGCCCCCUAUAUACUGUAAUUUGGUGGCAGGCAGGCAGGCAGGCAGCAGCAACCCGUGGAGGCAAGUCCAAGAAAGGUGGAGACUCCUGGUCAACUUCCUGCACAAUAAUCUUGAAGCACCACCGAGAGAGAACUCGGGAGGCUGCUUCUGCUGCUGCUGCUGGGGAAAGGGGCGAAUGGAUAUACGGCCCACUUGACUUCUUUUUUUUCGGCAGUGAAUCGACAGGAAAAUCACUUUGUGGUUAAUUAUCCACAUCUACCUGGCUAGUAGCUAGCUAGCAGCGAGGCUGCUGGAAGAAGAGAUUCCCGACGUUUGAUAGCGAGGCGGUGCGAAGGACAGGAAUGGAGGUUGUGGUGGAGUAUGAUUAUGACGCGCUCCAUGAUGAUGAGCUGACACUGCGGCCGGGUGACAUCAUCAAGAACGUGCGGUAUAUAGAGGAGGAUGGCUGGAUGGAGGGAGACCUCAACGGGAAGAGGGGCCUUUUCCCUGACAACUUUGUUAAGGAACUGAAGAAAGACUCCAAAGAGGUCAAGGAAACAAAGAGUGAGCCAAAAGAAGAAACCUCUCAGCCUUCAAGGAGAGAGAAGAGUGCAGGGAACGUGGCUCACCUGGUUCAGAGGAUGAGCACCAUUGGCAUCCCAACGGGUGGCUUCCUGCCUCAGCCACCAGCAGCUGCAAAGAAGCCGAAGAAGAGACAGUGCAAGGUGCUGUUUGACUAUCAACCAGUGAAUGAAGAUGAGUUGGAGCUGAAGGUUGGAGACAUCAUUGAAAUCAUUGAAGAGGUUGAAGAGGGUUGGUGGAGCGGCAGCUCGAACAGCAAGUCCGGACUGUUUCCCUCCAACUUUGUCAAAGAGCUGGAUGCCACAGGAGAGGAGGCAGAGUCCAACGACACGACCGCAGAUGAGACGGAUGGAAGUGGAAUGGAAAGCGCCACCACCCCCACAUCGCCUCAGCCUGCCUCAGGGAACGGAGUUAUCGCUCAGCCCAAGAAGAUCCGAGGUGUCGGCUUCGGAGACAUCUUCAGUCAAGGGUCGGUCAAACUAAAGGCCCGACUGCCAAGCCCCGACAAAGAAGAAAAGAAGGAAAAACCAAUCCCAUCAUUACCAUCAGCUGCAAAGCCCGCCCAUCCCAACAUGACAGACUCAAGAGCAGAUGGCGACAACAAGUCCAAAGCUAAAGAGUACUGCAAAGUUACGUUUGCGUUUGAGGCUUCGAAUGAGGAUGAACUAACCCUGAAGGAGGGCGAUAUCAUCCACAUCCUGAGCAAGGACACAGGAGAACCUGGCUGGUGGAGAGGAGAGAUUGGGGGAAGAGAAGGUGUGUUUCCUGACAACUUUGUCUCCAUCCUGUCUGAAGCAGAGAAAGAGACUCCCACAUCAAGAGGGUCACUGAAGUCAUCACCUAAGCAGGAGUCAGAGGAGAAGCCGAAGAAGCCACCUCCACCAUCAAAAAGCAUAGCUCUCAAGCCGGACAUCCCCAGUGGCGACAAGAAGCCUCACCCCAUCAGGCCAGAGGACAGAGGAGACAGGCCUAUGCCAGAUCACAAACCAUCCAAGCCUGCAGCACCGCUGGUCCCACCCAAGAAGCCGAUUCCCCCUCCUGGGAAAGGCAGACCGGGAAGCCUCCCACCAAAGAGGCCCGACAAGCCUCUUGCUCCCUCACCAAACCACAAGCACAAUGGAGAGGUGCCUUCUACACGACCAAAGUCUGACUUUGAGCCAUCAUUGCCCACCAAACCCAAAACUCUGUCUGGGGACUGGGGGGAGAAGUCCAUGGAUAUUGACCUGAUGAGUUUUGAUGAGCUGUCGUCUACCUCGGAGAAGCUCUCUCACCCCACUGUUAGCAGACCAAAGAUGCCUGGCAGGAGGCUGCCUGCCCAGUUUGGGGGAGGACACUCGCCCAACAAGGAAGUAAGCGUGGAGAAAUCCUUCAAGGUCGAUGAAGAGGACACAGCCAAACCAAAGCUAACAGAAACCAGAAAGCCUUCCACAAACACCUUAUCCCACUCACCGUCACUCCAAAGGCCUGCAAUGGCCAGCACCGAGGCCAAGCCGAGCCACGCUCCAGCCCCAAGCUCAGAUGUCGUCACUUCGCUGGGUGGCAGGGCCCGGCUGGAGUCCGAAGAGUCCAACUCUCAGCUGGAUGAGCUGAAGAGCCAGAUGAAGGAGCUGCUGAUGUCUGUGGAGCUGCUCAAGGCCCAGCAAAUGAAAGAGAUAGCAGAGCUACGAGGAGAGCUGGAUGAGGAGAGGCUAAAGCGCGUUGCUCUGCAGAUGGAGAUAGAGAAACUAAAGCGGAGCGUCCACUCGACGUGAAAGCGUCGCUCCAAUCAACAGCAAGCCUCAAGGUCAGCCGCUGGCCUGUCGACCAACCAGAGCGCAGGAGGGCGGUGACAGGGCAGACAGAAUGGACGGAGAGAGGGUGGGGAAUCAGAUGAACCACCCCGAGCACAAUCCUUUCCCAGUGAUCUACAAAAACAAACUCUCCCCUUCUUUGUAAGAUUUACAUUUUGCACAUAUAAUUUUUUUGUUUCAAGCUAGAUGUAAUUAAGUUACAGAUGUAUAUGUUUCUCUUUAUUUCUUUAAUUUUUUUUUAUUUUGCCAACACAAAAAAACAAACAAACUGAGGCCUUACUUUAAACUACUGCGCUGGACAACUCUGCCGCUCACGCUCUCUCCCCUUCACUCCAGCGUUCCUUGAGCCCCUCAGGGAGGAGGUCCGCUCUCAGUACUACUGACUUUUGUAUAAAGCAGGGGAAGCUUGUUUUUCCCUCGCCUGAUUUUCUUUCUCAUAUUUUAUGUGAUGCACAAAUAGUUAAUUUUAAAAAUAAGGACAUGUUUGAUUUCAGUUAGCCUCUUUUGAUCCGAAAAGCAAAUUAUUUUCCUUUCCUACACGGCGCCUGCAGCCACAGCUGCAGCACCUCGUAGUUUUUCUUCGUCUUUUAUAUGGUUUCUAGCAUUCCUAUCCAGGGUAACACUACUGUGCCUGUUAAAAACAAAAUGAUAUUAAGUGUUUGUACUGGGAGCUCACAUAUACCAUGAUGGUGUCUGGAAAUUUUGCAGCAUGAUAUUGUAUAUCUAUAUUUUUUAAGUCUACUGACAUGCCUAGUCAAAUACUAUAUAGAGGGCCUCUUCUGUGCUGGUGUCUUCUAUUUUUGUCAAACUGUCUCACCCUCUGAGAAUGUUCGAACAGGUGUAGCUAGAGUUAUAGUCUGCAGGUAAUACAGGCACAGUCCACAGCCCACAAGAAAGGAGAGAAAGACUGCAUCCUGGCAUAGUCAUCCUGAUCAUCUCUUCUUUUUAAUCUGGCCACCCUCCCUCUAAUUCCUGUCACGGCCCAUUCUCCCCCCACCCCCCUCUUUGAUUUCAAGUGAAUCACAUAAUCUGCGAGGAGCCUUCCUGCUCUGUAACGUCUAAUGCAUGAGUCUGCACAGCACUCAUCAAUUGUCCUGUCCUUAUUGUACAUGUCUGUCUUCUAGUCUGCAUAUCUUUCCACAUUCCAAAUUCACGUGAUGCAAACUGGAAGCCCUCAGUAGGGAGCAACAAAAAAAAAUUGAAAUGAACUCAUAUCUGUUCAUGCUAACUGUGUCAGAGCAGCGCUGAGUUCAAACCCCCAUGUGUAGAAUUUUAAUGUGUUCAUAUAAUCCUCCAAAUGAUUCCUUUGUGUACGUACAAAAAUGUGACAGUCCCAGUGCAUCGGUAUAGUCUGUGCCUCUGACAGUCACAGAGCUCUAGAGAUGACAAAACGAACAGUCCAGCAGUUGAUUUGUCGAUACUCCUCUUUGGUUCAGACUGAAACAUGUUAUUAAAUAUGGGACAGAUUGUCAAGACAUUUUGUAUAGAUAUUCACAGUCUGAGAGGAUGAAUCCUAAUGAAGUCAGUGAUCAAGAUUUUAAGGUAACUUAACACCAGGCUGGAGAGCAGUCUGUCAUUGCCCUCUCGGGUUGAAAGAUUCAUGUCCAUUUUACGUCUGAGUGAACGUGGCAACUUCACAGUGUACUGACGCACCUUGGAGUACACCUCUACGUCACUGCAGCAAGUCGAUAUUUCUGACGGUGUUAACUGUCUCUUUGAUCUUUCCGAUACUCCGCUAAACAACAUUCCCAAUCAGCCACAGCCCAACUCUCUGGCAUACCCCUGACACUCCAAACCAAUGUUAAAGAAGUAGCGGUGGCAAAGUCUGACCGCGUGGCCUCAUGUCACCUUGAACACACCACAAAGACUGCAGACGGCUAACUAGCUUGUGCUUAUUGGGCCUGCUUGAGGUGAAAUAACUCCCCAUACCACCAGGUGGCGGUAGACUGAACUUAUCAAUCAGCAAGGGAAGCAAACAAUCUGAUAACACAACAGCAACACUCAUUUUUCCCCUUCUGACUGAAAUACACUCUGCAUCUCACACAUUUUACACAUUAACUCUAAUUGAGCUGGGCAAUAUAUGGAUAGUGUACUGUUAUUGUGAUAUGAGACUAUGUAUCAUCUUAGACUGUGGACGCUGUGACACAACUGUUGUCCUUUCCUGGUUUUAAAGGCUCGUCACAGUUAAGUGCUGUCAUUUCCUGAACUUACCAGACUGACUGAUGCUUGUUCUAAUACCCAUCUUUACCCACACCUAUACCCAUACUGAUGAAUUCAAAAUGUCAAGAUAUAUAUCAUGUAUCACAAUGAGCCUGAAAGUAUCACAUUUUCAUACAGCCCUACUUUUGUGCAAACAAAACAUGUAUUUGUUGUCCCAUUUUAGCACUUAGCUCAAAGAAUGAAUUACUGCCUCAGAAACAGUUAGACUUGUUUGAUACGACCAUACGUUAAAAUCCCACACAGGGGCUUUAAAUCGACGCUCAGACCGAUGAAAAAUGGGUCACUUUCUUACUGUACAUUGCUGUUUUUUUUUUUUUUUUUAUUACUUAGAAGCUAUUUCAGCUGCCCUCACUUUUCUUUAACACCCGGCUAAACUGGACUCGUUCAGGGCGAUAGUGCAAGUCGAACUAAUGCAUUGUGGGAUGUGUCACCCUCUGUCGGCUCUGACCUGUAGCCCUGAGCUCUCAAUGGACAUUUUGUGGUUCUGCUCAGCUUCUGAGAAAUUGAGACGGCUACAGAACCAAGUGCAAGCCCCCCUCCCCCCCUCCGGCCUUCACACGGGUUAGAAGAAAACUUUCAGCCCUCAUUUCAGCUCAGAUGUUUUAUAACUUUUAUUUUUUUGUCUUUCUACAUAUCUCACAGAUAUAUAUCGCCUUUAAAGAGUUAAUUUGCUGUUUGAAUUAUCCUCAGGCUUCAUUGUGUGUUUCGAUGUGUGUGUGUGCACGCUUCUGCUGACAAACAUUCAAACAGAACAGCAUCCACAGCGUUGAAGUCUCGACUCCAGAGUGCUUUGACCUGAAUGAGCAUGACAUUAUUGCAUUAUGUCAAUGCCUAACGUAAAUUCCUUUUAAGCACAGCAGCUCUUUAACCGUGUGGAUGGGCGAUGAAAUAAUCACAGUGUGGGGAAAGAGGGACUGUGGGCUUUGGGUGACGGCUCUUGGUGUUCUGUCUGUAAAGCAGCUUAACUUCCAUAUAUUGUACAUUCCAGAGUUUGACACCGACAAAAAGAAAUCUGUGCACAUUUAUAACAUAUUUUCAAGUGAUUUUGUUUACAAGAGCUGUAUACUUGCAUGAGCUGAGAUUCUUCUCAAAAAUGAAUAAAUAUCAUCUUUAUCUACUGUCA